GGGCCAGGCCGGGGCGGGAAGAGGAGACCCGGGGACUCCCUCCCUCCCUCCAAGCGCCACGGCCUCCCAGGAUGUUCCCCUCCCGGAGGAAGGCGGCCCAGCUCCCCUGGGGGGACAGUAGGUCUCUCCUGCCUCGGAAGUACAGUGUGUUCCAGCUGUUCUUUGCCUGCCUGUUCCUGGCCUUCCUCUCCUUGCUCUGGCUGCAGCUCAGUUGCUCAGGUGACAUGAGCCAGGCAGGGCAGGGGCAGGAGCUUGUCAGCCCUCCAAAGGCCUGCCCCUAUGAGCCUCCAGUCUCUUUGGAGGAGGACCCCUCCUGGGCGCCCCACCGCCUUGCAGUGCUGGUGCCGUUCCGUGAACGCUUCGAGGAGCUCCUGGUCUUCGUGCCCCACAUGCACCAUUUCCUGAGCAAGAAAAAGAUCCGACACCACAUCUUUGUGCUCAACCAAGUGGAUCACUUCAGGUUUAACCGGGCAUCGCUGAUCAAUGUGGGCUUCCUGGAGAGUGGGAACAGCACUGACUACAUAGCCAUGCAUGACGUGGACCUGCUGCCCCUCAAUGAGGAGCUGGACUACAGCUUUCCCGAGGCAGGGCCCUUCCAUGUGGCCUCCCCAGAGCUCCAUCCCCUCUAUCACUACAAGACCUACGUGGGUGGCAUUCUGCUUCUCACCAAGCAGCAUUACCAGUUGUGCAAUGGGAUGUCCAAUCGCUUCUGGGGCUGGGGCCGGGAAGAUGACGAGUUUUACCGGCGCAUUAAAGGAGCCGGUCUCCAGCUUUUCCGUCCCUCAGGAAUCAAAACUGGGUAUAAAACAUUCCGCCACCUACACGAUCCUGCCUGGCGGAAGAGAGACCAGAAGCGCAUUGCAGCUCAGAAGCAGGAACAGUUCAAGCUGGACCGGGAAGGGGGGCUGAACAGUGUACGUUACCACCUUGAUUCUCGUACCCUGGUGACAGUAGCCGGAGCGCCCUGCACAGUUCUCAACAUUGCACUGGACUGUGAUGCAGCUGACACACCCUGGUGUGCAUUUGACUGAGGGGGACGUGGCUAGCACCAUCUCAGUCUGCUUGGCUGGUGUCUGGCCCCAGGAGAGCUUUGUUACUACUGGAGGGAGACCUUCAGUGGGUGGAGGCUGAAGCUAAGGUAUGCUUAGGACCAGCACCCACUUAGAUGUGGCUCGGCUUCAAGCGAUGGGAGGAAAUCUGAGCCACCUUGGCUCUGCUACGUAGCUGUGCUUCUUCUGGAGACUGAUGCAGCCUGAUGUAAAGGUCCACAAGUACUCUUGGACCAAACACUCAGUUGUUAUCCCUGCCCUAUGGGCAGUUAAAAGAGAUUACAGAUUGGAAAGAGGCUGGGGUACAGAAUCUUUGACUCUAGUUCCGUGGGCUUGUUAUACCUGGCCUCCUUCCCCAGCAGGAGGCUCUUUCUGCCUUUUGGCCUCUUCUGCCCUUGUGCCCAGUACAGGUACGUGCACACCAUAGGUGCUUAAUAAACAUUUGAGUUUGGGAUUUUCAGCCUCACUUUCCUAUUAACUCAGUAAUGCUCCUGCUGGGGCUGUCCACAGGCUCCUCUUGACUUCCUACCACUCCCUGGUUCUGGGAGACCCUUCUUGGGUCUUCCAUGGUGAAAAGCCAGACUGAGGGAGUGAAAGCACACAUUGUGUUGAGGGGAUUUAGGUGACCAGAAUCAGGGUAUCCCCUCAAGUCAACCUGGCCUUCACUCUUUACCUCCAGGCCCAGUGUGAAGCUUCCAGAGACGUCCUGGAGACCAACGCUGUCCUCUGCCUGGGGGAAAAAGGAGUCAGAUGGAAAGUGCUCCUGCUCUUCUCUCUCAGGGUUGUCACCUUGUUAAGAUGGGAUGGUAGGCUGGAGUUGGUUUCUGGCCUUGGGGAAAUUUUUUAAGAAAGAGGACAGUUGAUUAGCAGCCCAGCAUCAUAAAAGCAGAUGGUGCACACUGCUCAGGCCUCUGUCGUGGGCCAAAUUGAACUGUUCCUGGAAAGAAAGAAGAAUUGCCAAACUCUUGACCUUGAUUUCUGGGGUCAGAAGACCCUGUCCAGGAGGUUUCCAGGGGUCUAAAAGGGAUGAGAGCCUGUCACCAUCAAGGCCCCAGCCUGCCAACCUGGCAGCAGCCAAGAUGCUUAGAUUCCUUUGAGUGUGAAUCCACACUGCCAUUUAGUAGCUGUUUGAACCUGGACAAAUCACUUAACCUCUCUGAGACUCAGUUUUCUUAUCUGUGA